GGCUGCUGCGAGAAGAAGUGUCCCGGCUCCAGGAGGAAGUCCACCUUCUCCGGCAGAUGAAGGACAUGCUGGCCAAGGACCUGGAGGAGUCCCAGGGCGGCAGGGCCUCUGAGGUCCUCUCGGCCACCGAGCUCAGGGUCCAGCUGGCCCAGAAGGAGCAGGAGCUGGCCAGAGCCAAAGAAGCCUUGCAGGCCAUGAAAGCCGACCGGAAGCGCUUGAAGGGCGAGAAGACGGACCUGCUGAGCCAGAUGCAGCAGCUGUACGCCACGCUGGAGAGCCGCGAGGAGCAGCUGCGGGACUUCAUCCGCAACUACGAGCAGCACCGCAAGGAGAGCGAGGAGGCGGUCCGAGCGCUGGCCAAGGAGAAGGACCUGCUGGAGCGGGAGAAGUGGGAGCUGCGGCGCCAGGCCAAGGAGGCCACGGACCACGCCGCGGCGCUGCGCUCCCAGCUCGACCUCAAGGACAACCGCAUGAAGGAGCUGGAGGCCGAGCUGGCCAUGGCCAAGCAGUCCUUAGCCACCCUGACCAAGGACGUCCCCAAGAGGCAUUCCCUCGCCAUGCCGGGCGAGACGGUGCUCAACGGCAACCAGGAGUGGGUGGUGCAGGCCGACCUCCCGCUGACCGCAGCCAUCCGGCAGAGCCAGCAGACGCUGUACCACUCCCACCCCCCGCACCCUGCAGACCGCCAAGCGGUCAGGGUGAGCCCCUGCCACUCCCGGCAGCCCUCCGUCAUCUCCGACGCCUCCGCCGCCGAGGGCGACCGGUCAUCCACGCCCAGCGACAUCAACUCCCCGCGACACCGGACGCACUCCCUCUGCAACGGCGACAGUCCCGGCCCCGUUCAGAAGAGCCUGCACAGCCCUAUUGUACAGUCACUAGAGGAUCUUGAAGACCAAAAGCGGAAGAAGAAGAAAGAGAAGAUGGGAUUCGGCUCCAUCUCGCGCGUCUUCGCCAGAGGGAAGCAGCGGAAGUCCCUCGACCCCGGCCUCUUUGAUGACUCGGACAGCCAGUGCAGCCCCACGCGGCAGAGCCUCAGCCUGUCGGAGGGCGAGGAGCAGACGGACCGGCUGCAGCAUGUGGAGCUGGUCAGGACCACGCCCAUGUCCCACUGGAAGGCUGGCACCGUGCAGGCCUGGCUGGAGGUGGUCAUGGCCAUGCCCAUGUACGUCAAGGCCUGUGCGGAGAACGUGAAGAGUGGGAAGGUGCUGCUGAGCCUGAGCGAUGAGGACCUGGAACUGGGCCUGGGUGUGUGCAGCUCCCUGCACCGGCGGAAGCUUCGCCUGGCCAUUGAGGACUACCGGGACGCCGAGGCGGGCAGGAGCUUAUCCAAAGCGGCCGACCUGGACCAUCACUGGGUGGCCAAGGCCUGGCUGAAUGACAUCGGCCUGUCCCAGUACUCCCAGGCCUUCCAAAACCACCUGGUUGAUGGGCGCAUGCUGAACUCGCUGAUGAAGCGGGACCUGGAGAAGCACCUGAACGUGUCCAAGAAGUUCCACCAGGUCAGCAUCCUGCUGGGGAUCGAGCUGCUCUACCAAGUGAACUUCAGCCGGGAGGCCCUCCAGGAGCGCCGGGCCCGUUGCGAGACGCAGAACACGGACCCCGUGGUGUGGACCAACCAGCGGGUGCUCAAGUGGGUGCGAGACAUCGACCUGAAGGAGUACGCGGACAACCUGACCAACAGUGGCGUGCACGGCGCCGUGCUGGUGCUGGAGCCCACGUUCAACGCCGAGGCCAUGGCCACCGCCCUGGGCAUCCCCAGCGGGAAGCACAUCCUGCGAAGACAUCUGGCAGAGGAGAUGAGCGCCAUCUUCCACCCGGCCAACUCCGCAGGAAUCCGGGAAACUGAGCGCUUCGGGACGCCCCCCGGGAGGGCCCCCAGCAUCACCCGGGCAGGGAAGGAAGAAAACAGCGGCGGCAUCAAGUACAAGGCCGGCCGGCUGCCCCUGGGGAAGAUAGGAAGGGGCUUCAGCAGCAAAGACCCCGACUUCCACGAUGACUACGGCUCCCUUCAAAAUGAAGACUGUGGGGAUGAUGACCCCCAGGGCGGGCCUGAGCAAUGCCGUCUGGAAGGCUACAACGGCCUGGAGGUCACCAACGUGUGAGGACCCAGGGGCUCCACCAGGUGCCACGCGGGGAGACCCAGGGAGGGAGCAGCAGACGCCCGGGCCUGCCCCACCCCUGUACACA